AGGAGGAGGAGGAGGAGGAGGAGGAUGGCGCUGGGGAUGGCCGCGGCGGUGAGUGAGCCCCGCUGCACGUCGGCCCCCGGCCCGGCGGCGGGGCAGGUGCAGGUGCAGGCGCAGCCCCCCCCCGAGCUCACCGCCGCGCCCCCCCCUCCAUCCUUCCCCCCUUCUCUCCCCGCUGCAGCUCUAGCAGGAGGCGGCUCGGGCACGCGUGGAUGCGCUCUCCGACCCCCGGACGAGCCGGACCCGAGGUCUAAUAAUACAAUGUCAGCUGGAAGGGUACGAACAAAGAAAAAGGCAUGUUCUUCAGAGCAGUCUCCAGACAGCCUUCCUCUGAGGAGUUCUGGAAGACAGGUGAAGAAGAAAGCAGCCGAGGCAACAGAUGAUGAUGAUGAUGCAUCAGAAAAGAAAUACAGGAAAUGUGAGAAAGCUGGAUGCACCGCAACGUGUCCCGUUUGCUUUGCCAGCGCAGCCGAAAGAUGUGCAAAGAAUGGCUAUACGUCUAGAUGGUAUCAUCUUUCCUGUGGGGAGCACUUCUGCAAUGAAUGUUUUGACCACUACUACCGAAGUCAUAAAGAUGGUUAUGAGAAAUACACUGCCUGGAAAAGGAUUUGGACAAGUAAUGGGAAAAGUGAGCCCAGUCCAAAAGCCUUCAUGGCUGAUCAGCAGCUCCCUUAUUGGGUGCAGUGUACAAAGCCAGAGUGUGGUAAAUGGCGUCAGCUGACAAAGGAAAUCCAGCUGACACCGCAAAUAGCAAAAACCUACAGAUGUGGUAUGAAACUAAACAAUUCCACCAAGACGGAGGGCUCUGACCAAUGUUCCAUGCCUGAGGACUUGAGAGUGGCUGAAGUUUCAGACCAUUGGUGGUACUCCAUGCUCAUACUCCCUCCUUUGCUGAAAGACAGUGUGGCAGCUCCCUUUCUAGCUGCAUAUUAUCCAGACUGCGUGGGCAUGAGUCCAUCCUGUACCAGCACUAAUCGUUUACCUGGUGAAUCCAACCUUGUGAAGUUAGAGCACUUAAAGAGCGUGCCUAAUUUGACUGUUGCAGGAAUGAACAAAUAUUUCCAGCCUUUUUACCAGCCCAAUGAAUGUGGGAAAGCACUUUGUGUAAGGCCAGAUGUCAUGGAACUGGAUGAGCUCUAUGAGUUCCCAGAAUAUUCACGAGAUCCUACCAUGUACUUGGCCUUGAGAAACCUGAUUUUGGCUCUGUGGUACACAAACUGCAAGGAGGCUCUUACCCCUCAAAAAUGUAUCCAUCAUAUAAUUGUUCGAGGGCUUGUGCGUAUUCGCUGCGUACAGGAAAUGGCGAGGAUCCUGUAUUUCAUGACAAGGAAAGGGCUAAUUAAUACAGGGAUUUUAUCAGUCAGUACUGACCAGUAUCUUCUUCCUAAAGAAUACCACAAUAAAUCUGUCAUUAUUGUUGGGGCUGGUGCAGCAGGAUUAGCAGCAGCACGACAGCUACACAACUUUGGGAUUAAGGUCAUUGUCUUAGAAGCUAAAGACAGAAUUGGUGGCCGAGUGUGGGACGAUAAGACAUUCCCAGGAGUCACUGUUGGGAGAGGUGCACAAAUCGUCAACGGAUGUGUCAACAACCCAAUGGCACUAAUGUGUGAGCAACUUGGCAUUAAAAUGCACAAACUGGGGGAGAAAUGUGACUUGAUCCAGGAAGGUGGAAGGAUAACAGAUCCCACUAUUGAUAAACGUAUGGACUUCCAUUUCAAUGCCAUCCUAGAUGUUGUCUCUGAGUGGAGAAAAGAUAAAACCCAACAUCAAGAUGUUCCUCUUGGUGAGAAAAUACAAGAGAUCUAUAAAGCCUUUAUACGGGAGUCUGGUAUCCAGUUCAGUGAACUGGAAGAAAAAGUACUGCAGUUCCAUCUCAGUAAUUUGGAGUAUGCCUGUGGCAGCAAUCUCUCUCAGGUAUCUGCACGCUCAUGGGACCAUAAUGAGUUUUUUGCUCAGUUUGCUGGAGAUCACACUCUUCUAACUGUGGGAUAUUCCACUAUCAUUGAUAAGUUGGCUGAAGGGCUGGACAUCCGGUUAAAUUUCCCAGUACAGAGCAUUGACUAUUCUGGUGAAGAAGUACAGGUCACUACUGCAGAUGGAACUGUGUGGAGAACACAAAAGGUAUUAGUGACGAUACCAUUGGCCCUUCUUCAGAAAAAUGCCAUCCAGUUCAAUCCUCCGCUGUCAGAAAAAAAAAUUAAAGCUAUUAAUAGUUUGGGAGCAGGAGUCAUUGAGAAGAUUGCAUUGCAGUUUCCUUAUAGAUUUUGGGAUAGUAAAAUUCAAGGUGCUGAUUUUUUUGGUCAUGUUCCACCCAAUUCCAGCCAACGUGGACUCUUCAGUGUUUUCUAUGACAUGGAUCCAGAGGGCAAACAAAGCAUUUUAAUGUCAGUGGUCACUGGAGAUGCUGUGACAACCAUUAAGAAUUUAGAUGACAAACAAGUACUACAACAAUGUAUGACUGUACUUCGAGAGCUGUUUAAGGAGCAGGAGGUUCCUGACCCAGUGAAGUUUUUUGUUACUCGAUGGAGCAAAGACCCUUGGCUCCAGAUGGCAUAUAGUUUUGUAAAAACAGGAGGCAGUGGUGAAGCUUAUGACAUUAUAGCUGAAGACAUCCAAGGAACAAUUUUUUUUGCUGGUGAGGCCACAAACAGGCACUUUCCUCAAACUGUUACAGGAGCUUACCUGAGUGGGGUUCGAGAAGCCAGCAAAAUAGCAGCAUUUUAAUUAUGAAUUUUUUUUUGUGCUUAUAAAUAUGUUUUAAAUUGUUUUCUGUGGGUAAAACUAUCUUCAAGUUUCCUAUCUGCUGCCUUUUUUCCAAGUGGUACUUCAAUAGUAUAUGGUACCUGAAGAUAAAAUCUUCAUCUUCCUUUUCCUGCUUUUUUUUGUUUCCCCUCUUAAGCCCUAAUGAUACAUAUUGCUGUUUGUUUGUUUGUUUGUUUUUCUUUUCAUCUAAAAUAUCACUAGCAAGAGUGACAUUGGAGUCUCUGGCCACAGCUUAACUAAUAGAACUUUUGUUGCAAGUCCUUUCCUGUGUGGCUUAAGUCAUGAUAUUGUAGAUCUUCAUUUCAGAAGGUCAUAUUAAAGCAAGAUGAAGUUAACAUACAGCAUUAAAAAUGCUGGCAGUUAGUAAAGGGAGAAUGGGAGUUUUCCACUAACUGUGCUUCUCAGGUUGAUUAUGCUCAGAGGAGUUCAAACUUGCUCCCAAAAGCCUGAAUAAUCCAGACAAACUCUAGAAUUACUGUAGGAAGGCACUCAGCUAUCGUUGUUUCUACUUGCAAUCAACAAUCUCUUCUACAGUAUUUCUCAUAUUCUUAGCCUCCACCACCCAGGCUUUGGAAUAUCAAGUUUGUUCCUUUAAAUCAGACUGCUGGAACAGUUUACAGUGCAAUCAUAGGUUAUUGUAGCUAAUAAAAACUUGAAAGUAAAGAUUAACUUUUACGUUACUUUAAAAACAACUUUGAAAUGUUUUCCCUGUUACUUAAUUCAGAGAAAUCCUUGUUACAGUAGGGUAAGUUUAGAUUUGCUUAGUGCUUCUGAUCAUGUAGAAAAAGGAUAGCUUGAGAAUACUCUAUUUCUAAGAUUAUUUUGAGAAAAACUCCAAAUUCAUUUGGGCUGAGUAGAGGAACUAAUUACUGCAAUGAGUGCACAGUGCAGGGGGAGAAAAGAACUGUAAGUUCCCAACAGCUCAUUCAGCUUUCAUAUUUAAAAAAUAAGUGAAGAUGAAUGAGGAAAAAUAUUAACACUUUAUGAAGGGCUGAAACAAGGUAGCAUGCACUUUGACUUGAAGUUGUUUUUUUUUUUCUUUUGUUAUUAAAGUAUAAUUAAAAACAACUUGUGGGAGUUAUUCAGUAAGGGCUAAGCAUCUAUCUAAUAGUUUUUCCAUGAGACGGGGAAGACAAAGUAUUUUUCAGUAGAAAUCAGACAGGCACGAUCACGAUACCUGUUGUAAUACUGUUCCACUAAAAUGGUAUUCGUGGGAAACAAAAAUUAAAACCAACUUUUAGUACUUUUCUGCCAUACCUUCCAUGUAACUUUACUGCCUCGUGUUUUCUGGAAGGACAGUAAGCACUUAUUCUUCUUCCCCCUUCUUGUUAUGUUUUGAUCUCUUCAUGUAAGAGUGACACAGCAAGCUUUUUAAGCUUUUAACAGUGCUUAUUUCCUUAUUUCCAUAAAGCUGUAUCACUAGAAAAAACAAAAGCAACGUUAAGACAAAUGCUACUGAAUAAAUGCAAUUCUUUUUAAAUACCUAAUAAUUUGUUCUUAGAGUAGCAAUGAUAUUGUUAAAUAUCUUUAUUUAAUCUCUAAUUUACAAGGUGAAGAUGUUUAUAUAACUAAUGUUUUUCAGAUAUAUAUUGUUCUGCUUCUUAAAGCUGAAUUAUGUGGAUUAAUAGGAAAAGUGUAACUGUUCAUAAUUUUUCUCUACAUAAAGGCUAGUAUGUACAGUUUUAAAGUAUUUCCAAAUAUUAAAUUGUAAUUUAAAGGCUAUAAGAAGCAAGACAAAAUCCUUUGAUAAAAGAUAAUCAAACAUCAGAUUUUGCUUUUGGUAAUUAUUUGCACUUUGUUAACUCCACACAUUACAGGCUCACUUAUAGCUUAACCAGGAAAGAUUGAGAGCUGUAUGUAUUUGAGUUCCAAGUUUUUUUCCUAGCUUAUCACAUAUGAGGUGGUGGAAUCACCAUCCGUGGAAGUGUUCUAGGAAAGGGCAGAUGUGGCACAGAGGGAUUCUGUUAAGUGGGCACGGGUGAUGGGAUCUUGGUGAUCUUUUCCAACCUUACUGAUCCUAUGAUUCUAAACAAGCUUAAUGCAACGAGCUCAAAACAUUAAUUCAAUUCAAUGGCUGCUUCUGCUGACCUUGGUCAAAACUUGUCAGCUUCAUAACUAAUCACUUAUUCAAGAAAAAAACUGCCUAGAAAGAUGAACACAGCUUCAUUUCUACAGUUGAAAAAUUUGCAUGAACGUGCUUAAUUCAGGCAUGUGCUUCCAUCCUGAUAAUUUGUUCUUGGGGUUUUAAAUCUAUCUAUAACUUGGCAGGUAGAUAAAUGACACUCUAGAGAACAGAGGAGGCCAUGAACAAAUACUAUCACAUUUGGCUUUAGCUGCUGCACACUUCUUAUAGCAUUAACAUAAGAAAUGAUAAAUUUAAAUCAAUAACUGUCUAUUAAUUAUUUGUAUAUUAUUUUUGUGCUAAGACACUUAAAUGGUGUUGCGCUGCACUUAAGUUUGAGGAGUAAAUAAAAAUAAGUAUGUUCCACUUUACCUUAUGUUCAUUUAAAAUAUAUGAGAACAUCAGGCUGGUUCUGAGGCUUCAUUCUUAAUGUUCCCCCAGUUUUCUUUUUUAAAUGCUCAUGUCAAAUUUUAUUCCAAGCAUGUAUGUGUUUUUAUUUUUGUGUUUAAUUUAUUCCCUGCAAAUAAAGAACUAGGGAAUGUUUUAUUGAGCAGAUUUGUUUAAAUGUUAUCAAACAUAUUUGAAUGCAGAGCAUGAUCUGUUACACUUCAAUUCUUCUGUGUGACUAUGUAUGGCAGCAGAAUAAAACUGGAAAGUAUCCUCAGGGCAGUUGUGGUGUUAUUUCUUCCUUGAAUUUUCAUUACCAUUCUUCAAGACCCCAGCACCUGUAAUUUCAUUCUAACACUGAGAAUCUUUAAAGCAGAAAAAAAUACCAAUGCUACUUCCAAAAUUGGGUACUACAAAUCAGUAGAUGGUAUCACUGCCCCCAAUUCUCACUCAAUAAAGUAGCUGGUGUUACAGAUUUCUGUUUUCUCUCAUUUUAGUUCUAAAACAUUAGCCCAAAAUUUAGUUCAUAAAUGAGAGUGAAGUAAGUAGUAAGUUUAAGCUGCAAUCCAGUGAACAAGCUCAGGAAGAAAGGCAUGGCAAAUGUGCUAGCAGUGCUAUCCCCUCAUCCACAGAACAAGUGAGAGGCCAGGCUUUUACUAAAUUUAUGGCCUGAGAUUCUUCUAAGAGAGCAGAUUUUAUUGCAGACUUGAGUAUUAGACAUGGACAAAAUUAUGAAUGUUUUAUUAGUAAGAGACUCUAAGUUUCUCUCCCUCCUCCCAACCAGUUGCUUUGUAUAAAAUAACCAAAGACCAUCACACUUGCAGUAUAAAGACCCUCUGAAUUUCACCAAACUACACCUGUUGGAGCUUAGCAUUAUUUCCAUCACCGCAAACUUAUUAGAUGUUUCAGAGCAACACAACUGCUCAAAUAAUGAAUUUCUCAAGAAAUGCAAAGUAUUUCAUCCAUUCUCAUAGAAUCACGGUUCAAGUCAGUAGGAACUUUUGGAGAUGAUCUGGUUGCAGUUCCUUCUUAGAGAAGGUCCACUGUAAGGCAGGUUGCUCAGGGCCCCACCUGACCACUUCUGGUAAUGGGGAUCCUCCCAUCCCCUGCCUGCUCUCUACUCUCUCACUUGGCAGUUGCAGGCUGCAAUAUGGACCCCAUUUACCUGUCCCUAAGGAUGAGCAAGCUCAGCUUGCUCAGCAUCCCUUCGUACAUCAUGUGCUCCACACCUGUUAUCUUGGUGGCCUUCCACUGGACUCACUCCAGGAUGUCCCCACCUUCCAUAUCUCACAGAGCCCAAGGCUGAGCACAACAGUCCCAAGGGAGGUUCCCAAGUACUGAACUUAAGGAAAUACUUGCUUUUCUUGAUCUACUGGCUACACAAGUGUUAUAAACCCAUGUUCCAUCACAGGGGCAUACAGGUGAACUCCGUUCAAAUUACUGGAUGCAUCACCAUUUGCUCCUUCCCAGGUCUUUUUCUGCAAAUUUUCUUCAAAGUUGCUUAGAAAGAAAGGAGUUUGUCCCCUUCUGAAGUGUUACAUGGGCUUAUUAUUCCCAGAUGCUGGGUUCUGCAUUUGCUAAACUUUGUAGUGUUCCCAUCAGCCCAUUUCUCCUGUAAAUCAAUCUGAACAUACUUUUUGAUAUACAACUUCUGGCUACUUGCUCUUAUAAAUAUUUCUGAAUUCAAAGACAUCUAUUUGAAAAGCAAAAAUAACAUAACUUUCUUAAAAAUUUUCAGCAAGAGAAGCAUAGACUUUUAAGUUGCUUAUUGCAAGGUUCCAGACAAAAUAUUCUGGUACCUUAUAGAUUUCCCAGUGUUCUAAUUGACAAGAACUAAAAUAAAAGUAAUAGAAAGAAAAAAAAUGAAAACAUUCCUGAGCUGACUGCUUUUUUCAUCUGGCUCACUGAAAGCUACUUGAUUACAGUCGACAUGAACAGGGGGUUGGAACCAGAUAACUUCUGGAAGUCUCUUCCAACCUAAAGUAUUCAUUUGCCAUACAACUUUCUGAUUUGAAAACUUCCCAAGCAGUCACGAGGCACCUUCUUUCUGAAACAGCAUAAGACCUGAUAAGCCUUCCCAGAAUUGCCAUGCUGACUGCUAAAGGCAGUAUUCCAAAUUAAGCACUGAGCUCUAAAAGGUUUAUUUUUAAGCCCUGUUUAGUGGUGCCUCCUCUAAAUUCAUGCAGAUGUACCUGAGUAUACCAUGGAUAACCCCAGAACUUCAACUCAGCUCUGUCUAAAGAGUUAUAGCAUCCUCCCUCCAAAUUUCUGCUCUACCUUUUCCCCACCUAACCCCCUCUGUCUUCUUUCUCCUACAGGACCCAUGCACUCACUCCAACCACCAAGAUCACUCAUGAAAACAGCUGCUUGUGUAAUCAAGCCAUUCAGGUUAAUGUAUAUGUUUGUGCAGGUCACCAACAAAAACACUGAAUACCAAAGACUUAAAUAAACAAAAGAACCAAACACACUGUAGGCAUGCAGGAAUUACACUGUAAGCAAAUUAAAUCAAGAAGUUAGACUGUUUUUUUUUUAGAAUACUACGGUCAGGAUAUGAUCUUGAACUUUUUUGAGGGUAUAUGCCCUAAACACACUAUUCUGUUAACUUCUGUGCCUAUUUUGUAUAGAAUUUAGAGCUCUGAUCAGCUGUGUUUCACAUCCAAUAGCAUCAGGAAAAACAGAUUUUUUAAUGUAUCUUCUAGUACUGGUCUCACAGCCUUCCACACAGUGGAAUCAUGUAUCAGCUACAGCUAGACUGGAAUGGAUUACCUGAGAAAUAGUUCAGACAUUUCUUCUCAGCUGAGAACUGCACUUAGAUGCAAUUAAGAUGUUGUAACACAAUCUUUGACAGUUGCCAAGUCCAUUUCCAUUCCAUCAUCACAAUUCCAAAAUAGCAAGGAAUGCACGUACACAAUAAAUAGCUGUACACUAUUCCUUCCUAAGAAUUUACACAGUAAGAAACAUUUAUACUUGGAAGUCAUUUGCCAUAAAAACAUUUCCUGACUCCCCAAAAUAAAAACUGACUGGUAUAUUAAAAUAUC